AUGCUGCCCCCAGUACCAUCCCUUGAAGACUACGGCAUCUCGCCGGAGCAUGGCUUUCUCUCUCCGGAGUCUCCGCUGGAGGUCCUGCCGGAUCCAUACUACGCGAAGUGGGAGGCAGUUGUCGCGAAUCUGCAGCCUCUGCUACUAAGCAAGCGGGUACGAGGGUUGGUUGACCGUCUGCCUAUUCUUUCAACUACACACCUGCAGACAGAUGCCGAGUGGCGGCGAGCGUAUGUCGUACUGGUCUUUAUGCUUCACGGUUAUGUCUGGGGAGGCGAUCGUCCUGCCGAGAGAGUUCCUCCACAAUUGACCGUGCCUUUAUUUGAAGUCUGCGAAAGACUCGAGGUGCCACCAGUUGCAACUUACGCCGGAGUCUGUCUCUGGAACUAUAAGCCGAUAUUCCCGGACGAGCCGGCCUCCGAUUUGGAUAAUCUUGCUUGUCUACAGACAUUCACUGGGUCACUAGAUGAACAAUGGUUCUAUCUUGUAUCGGUAGCCAUAGAAGCCCGGGGUGCCCCGACAAUCCCUCUCAUGCUUCAGGCCAUUUCUGCCGCUCGUGUUGGCAAAGCUGGAGUAGUGACAGAGUGUCUGCAGCAGAUGGCAGAGAUUCUAGACGAAAUCACUGCGCUUCUGCAGCGCAUGUACGACAACUGUGAUCCAUACAUCUUCUACAACCGCAUUCGCCCUUACCUGGCCGGCAGCAAGAAUAUGGCCGAUGCUGGGCUCCCUAAGGGUCUCCUUUACGACGAUGGGCGCAACCAACCAGAGUACCGCCAGUACGGUGGCGGUAGUAAUGCUCAGAGUUCUUUGAUCCAGUUCUUUGACAUCGUGUUGGGCAUUGAGCAUAGACCUACUGGCGUCGGCCGCAAUGCCUCGGACGAAUCCAAGUCUCGGCACUCCUUCAUUCAUGAUAUGCGAGCCUACAUGCCUGGUCCUCACCGACGAUUUCUGGAGGACAUCGACUCUAUCGCCAACAUCCGCGCGUUUGUGGAGACACACCGCGCCGACCCCGCUCUGCGACUUGCAUACGAUGCGUGUCUCUCCAUGCUGCGUGCCAUGCGUGACAAGCAUAUCCAAAUUGUGUCACGCUAUAUUAUUCUACAGUCUCGCGGAGCCCGUGGCAGCACUCACUCCGCUGGCUCGGAUCAACCACCUGCUACGAAUCUGGCUACCGCCAACCCAACCGAUAAGAAGAAGUUACGCGGUACGGGUGGCACUGCGCUGAUCCCGUUCCUCAAGCAAGCGCGUGAUGAGACCGGGGAACCAGCUAUUGAUGCAUGGGCACGAAGACUACUCAGCAACGGUCCUAUGGAUGCAGCUUCUGCGUCCUUGAGUAAAGUAGGAGAGCAUCCGGAUGGUCAUCUAGAAGUUGUCGGUCUGUGCGGGACGUGGACAGCGGACGACAGUGAGGGUGGAAUCUGCCACUGGUGA